CGGCGGAAUAUCCGCUUGAAUCAGUCACCUGAAGAACACCAGAAGAAACGUGAGAAGAAAGAACAAACAUGUUGACCAGUCUUACACUAAUUGCUAUAAUAAUAGUGCUUUUCUGGACAUAUGCCAGUUACAAGGUGAGUUACUGGAAGAGACGCGGCGUCGAAUCCCUCACUCCCAGUCUAAUCUUCGGCAACUUCAAAGAUGCUGUGCUCUUCCGUUCCGCACCAGGAUGGCAUAUCGGUGACCUGCAUAAGAUGGCCCGCCCGGAUGCACCCUUUGUUGGCUUUUAUAUCUUCCACAAGCCGUGCUUGCUGCUUCGCGAUCCAGAUGUCAUCAAGUACUUCAUGAUCAGCGACUUUGAGAAUUUCUCCGACCGCCACUUUGCCGGCUCCAAUCAGAAGGACAGUAUUGGCAUGAAGAACCUGUUUGGUCUAAAGAACCCGGCUUGGAAAUAUUUGCGAACGAAGAUCACACCUACUUUAACAAGGGGCAAAUUGAAGCAGAUGUUGCCAUUGAUGAUGGAGGCCGCAGAUCCUAUGAUGAAAUACAUAGAAGAUCAAAUGAGAAACGACAACGUGAAGGUUUUGGAUGCUCAAGAUCUCAAUUACAAGUACACGACUGAUCUGAUCGCUUCAGUCGCUCUCGGUACAAAGAUAGAUUCCUUCUAUUAUCCGAAUGAAAAGUUUUCGGCGGCAGUUCAAGAGUUUUUUUAUGGGUUCAAGAGGAUGGUUGCCCUCGUGACAGUUUUCUUUAUGCCUGAAUUGGUGGAAGUGAUCGGUACGAGAAUGCUCUUCAACUCCGCUUUCGUGAGAAAAGUCUUCUGGGAUGCAAUGGAAAAUCGCGAGAAAACCGGCGAAAAACGAGGCGAUUUUAUCGAUUCGCUACUUCAGAUAAAGAACGGCGAGCAGAAUCCUAUUUAUAAAUUCGAGGGGGAUAAUUUGCUGUAUCAGUCGGGUACUUUUUUCUCCGGCUUUGAAUCGAGUUCCACAUGCACAUCCUUCACCCUCAUGGAACUGGCGAAGCAUCCAGAGUAUCAGGAGUUAGCCAGGAAGGAUAUUAACAGGGCGAUCGAAAAGCACGGCUGGACAUAUGAAGCAUUCAAAGAUAUGAAAUAUCUCGAACAAGCUAUACUCGAAGGUCUGAGGCUGCAUCCACCAGUGUCUACCAUCGACAGAUACACUCGUCAGGACUAUAAGAUUCCUAAUACCGAUGUUAUUAUCGAGAAAGGCACACCAAUAUAUAUCUCCUUAUAUGGACUUGGAGUGGACCCUAGAUUUUGGGAUGAACCGGAAGUAUACAAUCCCGACAGAUUCGUUGAUAGUAAACACGUUUCCGAUGCCUACAUGACGUUCGGAAUUGGUCCUAGGAUGUGCGUAGGAAUGAAAGUGGGCCAACUGCAUGCUAAAGUUGUUUUAGCUUUGUUGCUAAAACAUUACGAAGUUUGGCAAACCGAAGAGAACACGAGUUACCUGGACCCGCGUUCAACCUUCACGGCUGCGGGUAAUGGAAUUAAUCUACACUUUAAGAAAAUACCUGAUUGACAUAAUGGCAUAAUAUCUGGUAGAAAAUAGACAUGUCCAUGGAAAUACGCUAACACUAAAUUCUUUAUUAGACCGAAUAUUGACGGUCACGACUGAUAAGAAUCGUGAUGACGAAAUGACGAAUUUCACAAUCUGAUUUGAUUCAAAGAACUUCGUUUAAGAUUUUAAAUCAAAAUAUGACGUCAAGCAUAUAUCUGAUGACAAUAUAUAAAUAUCGAGUUAUAUCAUUUAGAGAUAAUUCUUCAAGAUAAAUUCUUGAAGAACUUGAUAUUUACAUAAACCUAUCCUUAUAUAUAAAUUAAAUAUGAAACUAUUCGAAAUGUGUUAUCGCCGACCUCCUAUGAACUUAUUUUUAUAGUCACCGAGAGAUCACAACGAGAGAUAAACAAUAUUUUUAUUCAUUUAUUGAAUUGAUAAUGCGAUAAUAUCUAAUUAUACUAGUUUACAAAUAGUUUUGUAUAAAAAUAUAUGAAGACUGCUUCUAGAAUAAUUUUCCAUAUUGAGCUUGAAUCUGUUACUGGAAUAUUACCAUCAGAUCUAAUUUUAAAAUAUAAGACAUUUUUUUCAAUAUAUAGUAAAAUUUUAUUAAAAUCAGAAAAAAAAUCAAAGAUUUAAUUUGUUUUCUAUAUGAAAAAAAUGACGAUUUGUAUAAAUGUUUUUUAAUCAAGUUAAUUAUUUGAAAAAAAGAUCUUACAUCACACACAAUAUAUUUCUCCACAUUUUGAAUAUAAAUAAAAUUAUAUUCAUGCAAAAGAGGACUCUGUAAAAUUGAAACGUCGUCUCGUACAUACUUAUGCAAAUCUAAAAUCACUUAAUUAAAUUGACAUCUAUUUGUUUGCUUAUUUAUUUGGUCAUAUACAAACUGUUACUUUUUCAUAUAAAAAUAUAAAUUUUUCCAAAAAUAUAUUUCCUACAAAUAUGUUUACGUUUCAUUAUAGUAUAAUUAUAUUGUACUAUAACUAUAUUUUUACUAAUCCAAACUGUAUAGAAAUAGUUUGGAUUAGUCUUACAAUCUUUUAUACACAUUUUUAUGUUAUAAUGUGAAGAAAAAUAUUAGCUCUAUGUGAUAUUUUUUAAAGAAAUAAUGCAUUACAAUUUCAGUAUCAUUUAAAUUACUAAUUUGAUAUAUCUUCAAAAUUUGACUUGAUUUUUCUGGCAACAGAUGAGAACUCAGUUCCAAAAUAUACGUUAAAAACAAUUGUUUUCUUUUUCUUGCACAAAAAUUAAUGUAAAAAUUGUAAAUUAUCGUUAUUGUUAUGAUCUAUUCGUUAUUUGUUUAUUGAAAGUGAUUAUUAUAAUAAUUUAAACAUUUUUUAAUCUUGAAAUUGAUAGUAAUAAUACUUCGUGAUGUAUCUAUAGUGUCUAUAUAUAAUAUAUGUAAAACGUCAAUAUAUAUAAUAAAGCAAUUACGUUCCUCAUAAAACAAUACAAAUUUCUCAAUUUUACUUCUUUGAUUUUAUUUUUCUUUUAUUUUGUUAUUUACGAAAAACAAACCAAAGAAUAUCAUGAAUAAAUAGGAAAGAAGAAUAAAGAAAUAAACACAUUAUCGAGUACUAAUAUAUGCGUAAUUCACGAUUAAUAACUUUCUAAUCACAACUCAAGUUUUUAAAUCAAAUUUCAAACUUCCAUAUAUAGAAAAUUAUUGUUCGAAAAAAAUGCACUGUUUUUAUUUAUUAUUUCUUUUUACUGUUGUAUUUUCUGGUUUAGUAUGUUAAAACACAAUAAUUCUCUUUAUUGAUAAGUGACACUUCUGUUGAUUUUUAUGGCACCUAGUAUAUGAGAAAAUAACAUCUUGAUUGAUAAAUGACUCGGCAAAUUUCAGCUUUGAUACUACAGUUAUACUGCCAACUUUCCGUAUUAUCCGCAGUCGUACGCAACAUCUGGAUUAGUCUGCAUGUAGCUUUCACAAAAUUUACACACAAUUUUUUACUGAAGUUUAUACAUAAUUUGCACAUACUUUAACACAAUCUUAUACAAUUUAGAU